AUCUCGCUGUAACAUAUCUCACUGCACCUGCUAAUCUCCGAUGUAAGCCUCUGUACAGGGGUAACUCACCCAGGAGUCCAACCUGCGGGGACAGACCAAGCUAGAGUGACACCGCUACCUGCCUCCAGGUGACCGCACCUGGGACAAGCCCCGCCCACAGGAGAGCAGAGAGCCGCCGCAGCAGCAGCCGGGACAGUCACAGUGAUCGGGCAGCCGCACAGCCGGGACCCCGCACCUGAGCCACCUCCGAGUCCCCUCAACUGGAAACCCCUCAGCUGGAGCCCCCCAUGGGGAUGAGUAAGAGGCCGGGAGCUGCGCUGCUGCUUCUCCUCCUGCAGAUCGCUGGAGGACUGGCUGAAUGGCAUUUCUGCAUGGUGGAGUUUACAGACAGUAAUUACCAAUUCUCUGUACCCAAGUCCCUGAAAGCUGGAACUGUAGUGGGACAAGUUGUCUUUCAAAAGUGUGCGGGACCCCGGAUACUGCACUAUGUCUCAGAAGACCCGGAUUUUGAAGUCCAAGCGAACGGUUCAGUUGCCGUUAAGAAUCCCACACAAGUGCAUAGGCACAGAACCUUCCAUGUUUCCGCGGUAGAAGGGGGGAAAUUUCUAUCUGAAACUACUGUGACCUUGAAAAAGAAGCACUCUCAUCAUAGCAAGGGAGAAAAAAAGCAUCACGCCAGCUCCGAGCAUGGGCGGAAAAGACAAAAGAGAGACUGGGUCAUCCCCCCAUUCUCUGUGUCGGAGAAUGGAAGAGGUCCCUACCCCAAGCCUCUGAUGCAGGUUAAAUCGAGCAAGGAUAAGGAAGUAACCGUGUAUUACGCCAUUACCGGUCAGGGGGCUGAUACCCCGCCUGUGGGGCUGUUUACCAUUGAUCGGACAACCGGCUGGCUAAGUGUCACUGCGCCGUUGGAUAGAGAAAAUAUAGCUAACUACAUCCUUUUUGUCCACGCUACGUCGUCAUCUGGAGCACAGGUAGAGAAUCCCAUAGAUAUCGAUGUCAGAGUCGUGGAUCAGAACGACAACCACCCAAAAUUCACCCAGGAGUGCUUUUUUGGCUCAGUGCCUGAAGGAUCCAAGCCAGGUACCCCUGUGAUGAAUGUGACGGCGGAGGACGCCGAUGACAGCGUGAAUACCAAUAAUGGGAUUGUUUGGUACUAUAUCACCGCCCAGGACCCAGACCCCAACAAAAUGAUGUUUACCAUAAAUCCCGUAACUGGUCUGAUCAGUGUCAUCGAAACAGGAUUGGAUCGUGAGACCUGUUCCGUGUAUACACUGACGCUCCAAGCCAUCGACCAAGAAGGCGCUGGUUACACGACAACGGGUAAAGCCGUGAUCACUGUAACAGACACCAAUGACAACCCUCCGAUUUUUGACCCAAAUACGUACACAGCGGUGGUCCCUGAGAAUGUGAAGGGUUUCGAAGUUGCCCUGCUGACCGUCACUGAUAGGGAUGAACCCAACACAGACGCGUGGUACGCCGUGUACCAGAUUUCUAAGGGCAAUGAAGCAAAAUUAUUUUCCAUUUCCACAACGAACGACAACAUGGGUCUCUUAACAACUGCGGUGGGGCUGGACUUUGAGACGAAGAGAGAGUACAUACUCACUGUUGUGGUCACAAACAAAGCUAACUUUUCUGUGUCGCUGCCAGUCUCCAGCGCCUCGGUGAAGGUCACUGUUGAGGAUGUGAAUGAGCCCCCGGAGUUUAACCCCCCGGUGAAAAAAGUUUCGGUGCCAGAGAAUGAGCCAAUCGGGCAAGAUGUGACAUCCUACACAGCUCAGGAUCCGGACAAGGCACAGAACCAGAUGAUAACGUACCGUAUUGGCUACGACCCAGCCGGGUGGCUUGCGGUGAAUCCGGAGAACGGCAUUAUCACUGGAAACGGGCAGCUAGAUCGAGAGUCAAUGUUUGUCAAGAACAACACGUACAAGGCCAUCAUCCUGGCUGUGGACAAUGGUGUGCCUACUGCUACGGGCACAGGGACCCUGGAGCUCGUGAUCACUGAUGUGAACGACAACGGUCCCUUUCUGGAAUAUUCAAAUAUCGUAUUUUGUCAGAAGGCUCCGAACCCCAUCUCUAUCCCCAUCAUCGACAGAGACCAGCCCCCGAAUACAGCACCGUAUAUAGGGGAGCUCGGCCGCGACGCCCGAGAAAACUGGACAGCCACUGUGACGACUGAUCAGUUUGAAAUAAAAAUGAACAAGGAGAUGGAUAUCGGCACGUAUACAGUCCCCGUCACACUCGCCGACAGCCAAUUCCUGAAGAACACGACUGUAUUAAAGGUCCAGGUGUGUGAUUGUCAGGGGGACGCCACCGAUUGUCAGGAUAGAGAAGCAAUCGCUGGAGGCAUGGGGAUCCCGGUGAUUCUUGGCAUCCUCGGUGGUAUCCUGGCACUUCUGAUUUUGGUGUUGCUGCUCCUGCUGUUUUUGAGAGGCAAGAAGGUCGUUAAGGAGCCUCUACUGCCCCCGGAGGAUGACACCCGGGAUAACGUCUACUGCUAUGAUGAAGAAGGCGGCGGGGAGGAGGACCAGAAUUUUGAUCUGAGCCAACUUCACCGAGGCCUUGAUGCCCGUCAAGACGUCACUCGUAACGAUGUUGCCCCAACGCUGAUGCCGGCUCCCCAGUACCGGCCACGCCCGGCCAAUCCGGAUGAGAUUGGGAACUUCAUUGAAGAGAACCUGAAUGCAGCUGACAACGAUCCCACCGCUCCCCCGUACGACUCCCUACUCGUGUUUGACUAUGAAGGCAGCGGAUCAGACGCCGCCUCCCUCAGCUCCUUGAACUCCUCCAACUCUGAUGCUGACCAGGAUUACAGCGGUCUGCAGGCCUGGGGACCCCGCUUCAACAAACUGGCAGACAUGUACGGAGGAGAUGAGGAUUAGGCUCCACACCACAUUGAUCCGAUGCAUAUGGACUGCAGGAACUCAUUCCAUCAAAAAGCAAAUAUACUGACGGCCAAUCAGUCAUCCGCCCCUCUAUUAAUGGCCUCCCAGGAACUGGGAGUCGGGGGUGGACCACGAUAGUCUCACAUUGUGCUGUAACGCCAAACAGUGGAUUUAUACCUGGAAAUAACUAUUCUUUCUCUCAUUACUGGUCACAAGAUGGCAGGUUGUUUAUGUUGUGCUUAUCUCUUUUAUUUUUUUUAUACAUUGUGAUUUACUCUUUUUAACGCUUUUGUAAAUUAUCCUUGGGGUAUUUCUUAUAUGUUGUGUAUAUGUAAACGGCAAGCUUGGUGCAAUACGUAUCCUCCUAAGAUCCAUAUUUGUCUGCCUUAGGCGAGUGAGAGGGGGAAUAUCAUCUAUAGCGCCUCUGGCAGCACAAAUGCCUCUGUGGUGUCCGUAGCGACCUGACAGGCUGCAUUCACAAAAUGGCUGACUAAGAGGGCGUGGCAAGCAUGAGGUAAAGUGAGGCAGGUUUUAGGGUGAGGGCAGAAGACCAAAACAGAGAAGACAGAGAAUGAAUGAGAUCUUUUAUUUGUUGCUGCAAGCGUCCAUUACUGGUUUCUACUUUGCUGGUAAAAGUAACCGUGAUUAAAGUGACAAUAUAUUUUAUCACUAUUGUGCACAAGUGUUUUCCGUAGUCUGUAUAAUCGCAGAGGGACGCCAUUUUGGCAGCAGUCUCAGGUUCAUUGUAGGGACACUAAUGUAUAUUAAGGGGUAAAUUUACUAAGAUGGGCGUUCUAUUCAAGAUGGGAUGUUGCCUAUAGCAACCAAUCAGAUUCUACUUCUCAUUUAUCUAGCACCUUCUAGAAGAUAAUACCUGGAAUUUGAUUGGUUGCUACGGGCAACAUCCCAUCUUAAAUAGAGCUCCCAUCUUAGUAAAUUUACCCCUAAGACUAAAAUCAUGUAAAGUAUAUCAGACAGUCCAGGACGUCGUUGUUUCUACUGAUCUCUAUUUUUUUUAUAUAAAAUAAACUUGUUUCUAUAAAAUAAAGUAUUUACAUUUAUCUUUA